CCGGCGUGGCCCCGCCGGCGGAGCGGAGCCGCCGCCCGCCGCCGAGAUGGACGACAGCGUGGUCCUCCUCAGCGAUUCGGACUCGGAGGGCUCCCGCUCGCCGCCGCCCCAGCCCUGCCGCUCCCGCGACUCGCUGCCCGACCCCGCCGAGAUCAUUGACCUCACCUGUGAGGAUGCAAACACUGAGCCAAUGGCAUCGAGCAGCCUCACCAUCAUCGACCUGACUGAGGACAUGUGCAGCCGUCCCCACUCCACCCCUGGUGCUGCCCAGACCCCCAGAAACACUGACCCAGCAGCACACACGUCCCAUCCCCAACUCUGCCCCACCGCAAAAGAAGAAAUUCAGGCAGUGGCAGAGCCGAGCCCUGGACCAGCAUCACACAGCACUCCUGUGAAGCUCAGUUCCAUCACAGACACAGCAGAAACCAUGGAGGACUGCAGCUGCCUUUCUCCUGUCUCUGGGCGAUACAGCUGGAGCUCAGAGGAUUCUGGCACUUCUGCCUUUUACAGCAACUUGGACUCAGAGUCAGACUCAGACUACCUGUCCCCAUCUCCCCCCAGCCUGGACAGCAACAGCAGCAGGAGAGCUGAUAGCUCAGAGGAAGAUCCUCCCCAGCCUUGCCAGGAAAGGAACCUCCCCCCGCGGCUGAGCCCUGCCCCAACCAUUCCUGUAGUACCAGAAAAGGCCCAAAGGUCUUUGCCAGAAUCAAGUGACUUCCCACCACACCAACCAAUGCAGCAAGCCACCCCAGCCAGGACUGAUACUGACAGCAAGGCCUUGCUGGACAAACUAUACAAUUUCAGCAGGAAUGGAGUUCAGCACCUCUUCCUCCAAGGCAUAGUACCUGACAGGGAAACACAGCAGCAGAAACCCGGGCUCAUCCCCAGUGGGAAGCUGAGCAUGGUGCACACCACCGUGGAGGAGAACAGCCUGGAGGGCACUGUGUAUUUCCUGAACGAGUUUGUCUCCUGCCAGCACCGUCCCCCCAAAGAAAUCAUCUGCUACCUGGUCAAACAGAUGCUGUUGGACACCCAUGAACAGGAUAUCCUGAGUGACAUCUACACACUGCUGAUGAAAAUCCAAAUGCUCCAUCCAGCCAACAUCACCACCGUGGGAUGGGACUGGGCACUGGUGAGAUACAUCAUGGACAACCAGGAGAAGCCCCCUGGCCAGCUCCUCCUCCUGCAGUACGUGGUACAGACCCUGGAGGAUGACUUCCAGCACAAUCUGAAGUCACACCAGCUGCAGAAGUCAAUUGCCAAGAAAGUGCUUUCAUGUGACUUGUGCUUCUCCAAUGUCAAGGAAGUGGUCAAGUGGUUGGUGGCAGCAGUUACUGGAGUCUGGUUCUCCCAGCCCUGGGAGCAGCUGCAAGAAGCCAGGGCUGAACACAGCUCAUCUUCACCAAGGCUGGCCAGCACUCAGACAGCUCAGACAGACCAGGCUCAGACAGCUUUCUUUGCCCAAAAGGCGAUGCUCCUGCUCCAGAGGAUGUUGUCCAUGGCAGUGGAAGUGGACAGAUCUCCCACCUGCAGCUCCCGUAAGAUUGCAGACGACAUAUUCCCAUUCAUACUGAAUAUCCCUCUGAGGAGCCAAAGGGAAGCUUUGUUAAACACUAUGGAGAGCCAGCUCCUGCGCUGCAGACUGCUGGAGCUGUUAUUCCAGCAUAGUUGUGAUGUGCCCACAACCUCGUCCAUGUCUCUGGACAAGAUCCUGUAUUUCCUGAGCCACUCCUCUGUGCUGCCACAAUUUCAGGAUGAAACAGCAACAUGGCAAAGGUGGGAUGAGAUGCUGCAAUACUUGAGUUUGCUGCUGCUGAGUUACCAAAGUGUAAAACUGGAGCACCUGCGGACCUCUGUCAGUGACAGGAUGGAUCUGAUCGCUCAGAAGGCCAAGCCCAGGCUCCAGGACAGUGAUGACAUCAGCCAGCUGGAUAUUCAGCUGAAGAUGAAUUACUUCAUCAGCAGAAUGCAGGAGACCCUGGAGCAGCCUUUUCCCCCACAAAUCCAGGAGAAAUUGUUCAUGCUGCAGGAGUUGUUCUACGUUGUCACUGCUGCCUGAGACAGCCGCUGCAGCAAGGAGGACAAAACUUCAUGUUCUCAAAAGAGAACACCCCCCAUCUCAUGCUGCAGUCUCAGCAUCAUAGGGGUUUGCUUUAUAGACUUCUUUUGAAAAGAGUUUGGUUUACAUUGUCUCAGAAUUUCCGUUCAAGUUUGCCUCCUUGUGCAGUUUUACAAAGCACUUUGUACACUUUAAAAAAAAUGAACUCGUUA